AAAAUGUUUAGCAAAUAAAUAAAUUUUGGUUUCAAAUAUUGAAUAGUUGAGUUCUAGUAGCAUUUUACGUUCAAACAUGAAAUUAUUCGGUUUGGUUGUGGUUAUUUCGAUUUUAUGCGGCAGUUUUGCUGCUGUCAUGGUUGCCAAGAUGGGAGAUCCGGAACACCCUGGCAAAUGUGUUUAUAACGGUUUGAUUUUGUCACCCGGCGAAAGUGGUUAUCCCGAGGGCAGAUGUCUUCGUGUCUUGUGCUUUGGUGCUGAUGGUAGCGGCAGAAUACAUACUUGUGGAUCGCAAGGAGCACAGCCACCCUGUGUUAUGGGUGAUUACAUGUACCCCGAUGCUCAGUAUCCCAAGUGCUGUGAAAAGGAAAUCAUUUGUCCCGAUAAUGUAGACGAACAUGAAAAUAAAUUAUUUUAAAUUACCAAAAAUUGGAAACGAGAAAUGGCAUGAUCUGGAUUUUCUU